CAAUUAAGUUAAAUCUUGUAUCGGUAUCAAAUUAUCAGUGCGACAUAACCCUUGAUCAACCGGAAUGGGAAAAAUGAUUCACGCUGCUGAUCCCAACUAGUUUGAAACUAAGGUUCAAGUUAGUUGAAUUGGUCCUGAAACCAAUCAUGAAUCACCAGCCAUGAUAGUUUACGUGCAUAAUUAUCCAUAUAACAGCAAAAAUUUUGAAAUAAAUUCAAUGCUGAGAAGAGAAGAAACCUUGUACUCAGCAGGUAUAAAGCGAUACUGCUGCUUCAGUGUGUCAACAGCCUAUGAGGUGGGUCAAGAUGGUAGAACAGCCAAGAUUCCUCGUACCGAAUCCCGUGAUUCAGAUAGAAGGUCUCCUCUUCAUUCAAAUUAUCGAAUUCCUUCAUCUGCUUCGAAUGAUUCACAUAUGGAUUCCCAUCCCAGUGGUUCAGAAAGCAGGAUAGAAUCACGAGAUUCCAAGGAAAAUCGAGAGGUUAGGGUUGAGAGCCGGGAGCCUAGGGCAGAAUCAAGGGAAUUUCAUGGUGAGGCAGCAAAGAAGGAGUAUCAAAGUGGAAAAGGUGAGAAGGAGGUUAGGUUUGAGAGUAGAGGAGAAGAUGGUAAGGAAUUGAAGUACGAUAGGGAGAACUCUAGUGAUCCAAAGGGUGACAUGAAGGUGGAAAAGGAUGGUUAUGGUGGGUCUAGCGGUCACUUGGGUUGGAAGGAAUCAAGAGAGUACCAUAGAGGAAAAAGGCAUCCAGAAGCCCCAGGGGGAGGUGUGGAUCCAUGGCAAAUGCCAUGUGAUAAUACACAAGUGCAAAUUGAAACCGUAAAGGAAGGUUUCGCUACAGAAGAAAGGGGUCAUGUGGAGACACAUGAGGCUGUUGGUGAGAAUAAAUUUGAUCCAAAAGGUGAGGAUAGGUUUAAGGACAAGGAAAGUAAUGGCAGUGGGGAAGGGAAAGAAUCUGCUAGAGAGGAGAGAGAAACUGAGAGAUGGGAAAGAGAGCCGAAGGAUUUGAAGGACAAGGGAAGGCUAAAGGAGAAGGAAAAGGAUCAUGUAAAGAGAGAACCAUUGAAUGGAAUAGAGAAAGAUGGAUCACACAAUGAAAAGGAAUUGGGAGAUGGAUCUGUCAGAACACCGGAGCAGGAAAAUACCACAUCUGAGCAGAGAAAGCAAAAAGAGCUGGAUAACUGGAAAAAUGUUGAUGGAGAAGCUAAAGAGAAGAGACGGGGAAGAGAUGUUGACACAGAAGGAGACAGAUCUGAAAAGUGCAGUAGGGGCUAUGAAAAAGAAUCUGACGAUGGAAGUGCAGGUGCUGAAGGGGCUAAUGAAAGCGAUAGAGAUGCUUUUAAUUAUGGAGUCCAGCAGCGUAAAAGGAUGCUCCGGCCAAGAGGCAGCCCUCAAGUGGGAAAUCGUGAGGCCCGUUUUAGGCCCCAUUCUCAGGAAAAUGAAAGGUGAGUAUUUAUAGUUUUCUUCGUUGAUUGUUUAAGUGUAAUUAGUACUAUUGGUACAUCUUUUUCUUCACAUUGGGAAAUUGGUGUUCUUAAAAACUUCUAUGCAUCUAUAGGCCUUUAUAUGAUGGAUUAAAAGCUUCUUGUUAACAUUCAAACAUGAUGAUUCAAUGAUAUUGAGAUGUCUGCAAAUACUAAGUCCAUGGUUUACUGUUGAUUCUGUGCCACUAUUAGUUUCUCUAGGAGGUAGGUGGUUGCUGUUGCACUGAAAUAAAUUUAUAGAAGGAACUUUGACUCUUGUUUCCUUCACUAUACCAUUUAAUGAAUAGGCAUAUGAAAU